AUGAGUUUCUUCGGCGGUCCCUCGUCCCACCGCUCCACAUCCACACGCUCGCACCAAAAGUCCAGCCACAGCAGACCUAUAUUCCCACGCGCGCCUUCCUCCACAGCCUCUUUCUUCUCACGCAAUGGAGGUUCUUCCUCAUACUACAAACGACGACCCCGCGAUGGCUAUAUCCAGAGUUUAAUCCACAAACUCAAGAGAUUGAUACGCGAUCUGUGGGAGUAUGCGCAACGACACCCAUUCAAGGCUUUUAUGGCUGUGGCUGUGCCGUUGAUUAGUGCUGGGGGUGCUUUGCAUGGCUUGCUCAAACAGUUUGGAGUUAGGAUGCCUGUGAUGUUUGAUGCUGGUGUGGGAAGAGGUGGUUAUGGGAGUAGUGGGUAUGGUGGCUAUGAGGAUAGUGGGUUUGAAAGUAUGUUUGGUGGUGGAGGAGGUGCCAUGGAUACUGUGGGCAGUUUGAUGAAGGUUGCAAAGGUCUUUAUGUGA